GUUAGGCUACUCCAACAACACCUCAGAUGCCUCGCCGGUUAAGUUACAACUUUUAAAGGUUAUAUUGACAUGUUGGUUGGUUUUGUUAUUGAAAGUGCUCUGUUAAAAACACAAAUUAAUUAAUAAUGGAACCGUUUCCAUACUGGCGCAACAUUUACAACACCGUUGUGGACGAAUUCAAAGCAGUUAGUGUGAAUUAUGUCUCCGAAGUGCUUUCUGAAGUCAAGAAACCUCUGGUUGAAGGAAUUCUUUUGUACAAAAAGUAUGAACCAGAUAGUUAUACCACAUGGAAGAAUAAAGUUCAAGCAUCCAAAACUGGUAACAUUGAUAAACUCAUGAAAGAUACCAGUAGUUCAAUUGAUUUGGAUUGUACUGUAACAUAUAGAAUGUUCUGUAAUUAUAUCAUGUUUGAAUACUAUGGUAAAAUCACAGAUAUUGAGGAAGCCACAUGUGUUGAACUAUACAGAAAACUGUUUAUAAGAAAACUAUGGCAGUUUGUAGCUGCAGAAAGAAUGUUUCAAUUAAAAACCAUUCAGUUUCUUGUACAGCACUAUAAAGAAAAGGGGCACAAGUUGUCCAAAGUCAUUGAUGACUUUGUAACUCAACAAACUUUAAAGACAAUCAGAGAAAAAUUGUUGGAACAGUUCAAAAUGCUGAUUAUUGAAAAUUCCAGCUCAGAAAACAUUCUAAACAAUCAGGAUUACAUUGAAAGAGACAGAUCUGAGCUGAUACAGAUAUUAAUCACUUAUAUCUACACCAUUGAACAUGAGAAAUUGGAUGGUGAUGAAAUAGCAAAGUUUUUAGAUUUGUUUAAUCAACAUGGAUUUGCUUUGAAUAUAAUUUUCAGUGGAGCUGAAUGUGAAUCAAGAAAUUUAGAGUAUAAUACACUAUUGAUUGCACUAACAAAUAUUUGGGAGGAGAGCAACUGGCCUCACAAUUUCUCAAAACUAGAAAAAAUCUUCAACGAAAUCUCCUCAAUGGUAAAUUGUCAUUCAGUACUCAUUUUAUGUUGGAGCAUGAUGUUACUAGCUCUUCCACCUGAAAAAAUCCCUCCGCGUUAUUUCUCUAAACUACCAAUGCUCAUCCUAGAAUCAUUGAAUGAAGAAUCUUUCAAGCAUUUGUACAAUCUGCUUGACAACGGAUACAGAAACCAAUCAAAGCUCAAUAUUCUAAUCUACAAAGCAGUUUACAAAUUCUUCAAACAAAUCUGCUCCCGCAUCGAUAACAUAAUGAAAAUCUACGAAACAGAGAAUAGUAUACUUGUCCUUGCGAAAUUAAUGGAAAUCCCUGAAAUAUGCGAUGAUGUAAUGACAUCCAACAAUCAAGUUCGCAAAUUAUUUGACGCCACAAUCAAUCUUUACCCGUAUGAUACGAAAUCUUUCGCGUUAUUACUCACAACUCUCAUAAAACAUAAAAAAUAUUCAACUAAUGUAGUUGAACUGUUGAAUCACAUUCAAAUCUACAGCGAAAUACCAGAAAACUCGAAAAUUUCUGUACCGCUACAAACACCCGCGUAUGAAAUAUCAUUGAUGCAUAAUCGAACGAUUGUUCAAUAUUAUGGCGACAAUAUUCAAUAUUCUUUCAUGGCGAAUCUAGAGAUAGUCUUUCAGGAUGUCUUGGACUAUGCUACGAAUCUACAGGAAGAUGACAUGCAGAAAAAUGAAGAAAUUAACAAUGUGAUUGUUUCCAUGGAUUUAUUAUGUCAACUUGUUGAUAAUUCUUCUGAUAUCUGGCAGGAUGCACACUUUCAACGAGUAUUAACAUGUUGUAAAACAGUCCUAGCAAGGAUAAACCUUGAAUCCUGCAGAAGUCCAAGGUUAGUGAAUGAAAUUUUAAAAUUAUUCACGCAUGGCAUGCAGAGUCGCAGUAAAAUGUUGUCGACUAUUCUUUUGUCCACGUCGUGUUUACCCACGGCGACAGCACACAUGCUACCCGUGCAUCAAUUGGUAAAGAUUAAUCUGUUGAAUGAUUGUCCUUUUCUACAAUUGAUCAUGCGCGAACGCUCAGCGGGGAAUUAUCAACUUGUUUAUACAUAUCUAGGAUUUAUCAAGGAUUGUUUAGAGCACCAGCAUGAAAAUGAACGGUUUUUAUUACCUGGGAUGAUUUUCAUCAUCCAACAUGUCUUCCCUGUGCAUUUAGGAUGGAAGGAACCAAGUGUACAUGAAAAGAAUAAGAUGUCCUAUGAUAUUUUGACAAUGUUGUUGAAUAUUCUGCAUUCACAUGCGAUGAAACGCGCUGAGUGUAGUGAUAGAUCACUGCAGUUGAUUUACGAGGUGUGUUUGCUCACAUUGUUGAAUAAUGAUGCGUUUGUGAAGACAUUUUUAACAAUUUUGAGAUAUAGAAAUGAGUAUAUUGAACAGUUGAUGAUUAGAGAAGUGGAUUGGGAGAUUGGAUGCACCAGGGAUGUUAUUUUAAGUGUCCGACAGGCUGUAACAAUUGUUUUGUGGUUGUUUAAUAAUGUAGAGUAUCAAGAGUUGAAGAAAACUGUCUUCUGGCAGUAUUUCAGUUAUAGCGGCGUGUGUUUCCCGUCGGUGUUGAGGAUCAUCUGCGAGUAUAUCAAUCAUAAGUUUGAUUCUGUCUUACCGAAGUUGGCAUGUCGACUGUUUCGCAGGAUAUCAAUGGAUUCUAGUAUACCGGUCUUAGCUUGCAUGGAAAUCGACAACUAUCAAGUACAAAGCAUGUUCCUUGAACGUUUAAGAGAUCCAUUGGAGGAUGAUGAAAUGCGCAUUGCUCUUCUUGAGUUAAUAACAACGUGUGUAAUGACACAAAACGGCAUGACAGCCGCUUUCUUUAACAUGCACGUUAAGAAAGCAAUCGAUAAUAUUCUCCCGGAAAAAAGCGAUGAAACAAUAAUCAAUUUUCUUGGAGAAUAUAUCGAUAGUAUUGCACAAUCACCUGAAACAUUGCGCAGUCCUGUCCAGUCAGCCAUCUUGACUUUAUUUCACACUCUAUGGAAAGAAAAGCGUUUAUCUUUGAUACAAACUUUAAUAACCCAGGAUACUUUCUGGAAAGCACUGAUAAAUCCCCUAGAUAAAAAUUAUGACUUCAAGAGUGAUACUUAUUAUCAAAUUUUGGACAUCCUAGCAAUGGAGGCUUAUUAUACUAAACCUAAUGAUCUUGCAAAAGAAUUACAAGAGUUGUUUUCGGUUAAACUCAAUCUCUUAAAGAAGAUUUACACAUUAGUUUUGCAUUCUUUGCGAAAAUAUGAUGAUGAUGAUAUCACUGGCGUGCUCAAAAUUCAACUUGCAUGGAAACGAUUCAUUAUUCUCAUGAUUCGUAAUCAUAAAACAGUGAUUACUGAAGAUGCCAAGCUGUUUUUGAUGAAAAGCACUCUCGAAGGUCUUUUUGAUCAUGUGCAGUCUCCGAAACACACAUCAAUCAUCUCCAACUGGUUGGAUUUGUACAUGUAUUUAUCACAAUUCGAUGUAUCUGGUUUUGAUACAGAAGAUAAUUUCCGUCUUCUUUGUUCAUGUUACAAACAUAUUGAAGAUGUCUAUCUGCGCAUGAAUAAGAAGUCUCGGGAAGCAGUUAUUACAAUUGUUAUCAAAUCAAUCAAACAAUUUCACUCGCUUUUCAGUAAACCGUGUGUGAUUGUCAAUGAUUAUCUGUUUGUUGUGCGAAAAUUGAUUGAGAAGGAAUAUGAUGAUGUGAUGCAUCGCCAGGGCACAGAACUAAAGUGUUCAGAUCAUGUUGUGUGGCAUUUGAUUGUUAUUUUGGGGAAUCACAUGCUGGAAUAUGAACAUCAUCACAAGUGGUUGUUCUUUACGCAAUUACUGCAUAAAAUCGCAUCCAGUUUAGGAUUUUAUGCGAGUAGUGUGGUUACAAUGCCGAUUGCGAAGUUAUCGGCAAUGUUUUUGUAUAAAUUGGCGAAGACUGGAUUGGUUGAUGAGUUCAAAGGUUUGGAUUUUGCUGAUGUGUAUCAGUCGUUGAAGAGUCCAAGGGAGUUGGCGAAUUAUUCAGCAUUACAAAACAAUGGUAAAAAUCCAGAUAUUUAUUUGGAUUACUGGCUGACCUAUUCAUAUCUCGUGAAUUUAAAAGUUGUACUCCUUGAGAAACUUGGUUUUUGCAUGUUUAGGAAAACUCUGGACUUUGUACACAUGCAGAGGGACGAAUUAUUUUAUUUCUUUAAACUUCUGCAAGUAACUGUUAAUCCCACAGCGCUGAAAUUGAUUGCUAGUUGUAUUAGACUAUUCAAUCAGUUGCUCCGAUGGGAUGGAGCCAUGGACUUUUCAACUAUUACAGCAUAUUAUGAAAUGUUGCCGGAGGUGUUAAACUCUUGUAUAAAUAUCAUUUUGAGGCCUAAAAUGAUCAAAUUCUAUGUGCCUUAUGAGAUUGUCAACUUGGAAAUGCUGGAGAGUGUUCCCUUAGUUUAUGUUACUACUAUAAUGGAUGGAAUACUUGAUAUAAUCUCAAUUUCAUGCCGAGGACUUCUACAAGUGUCUCCAUCAUUAGAAAAACUCAUUCACCGUUCAUCACAACAGAAAACAACCCAGCAAUUGCAAAUUGACUGGGAUUUCCACAUUCCUAACGUUUACAAUCCCAAUGAAAACAUAAAAUCGCUCACAUUCGGUGCUCUCAUGUGCGUUGUGCAUUACCUAAGCAAAACGCCAGCUCAAUCCUCAAACAAGAAUCCUGCUAAAAAGGAUGCGAUGCUAUACAUUCCAACAAUGGUUUUGGAAGCCGAGAGUGAAAAACGCCUUCCCAUCCAAACUGAAAUUUAUAUAUCGUUCCUAUGUCCAGACUACAUUGAACCAGCGUCAAUUGAACCUUUCAACUCAAUUCAUCGUUUCGCCACCUCUGAAAUCUACAGUUUAACAUCGCCAUGGCUUAGCCAGAUGGAUCAAGACCGAACAACUAUCGCGCUUGAAUUGGUAAAUACUUUAUUGGCAUCUCAAAUAUUCAAAACUGUGUCGAUGGUUAUUUGUGAUCAUAACCAGAAGCAACAGAUGCACAUGUUAAAACGCGAAUUGUGUUCCGAACUGCAUUUCUUCCAUGAUUUCGUGCGGAAACACAGCGCGCAUUCGAAUAAGUAUGAGGUGGACGGUAACCGCAUUGUUUGCAUUAAAAAAUCUAAGGAUAAGUCUUUCACGAGUCAGGAUUAUUUGAUGAUGUUAUCGCAUUGGUUUAUGGAAAUUUGUUGCCUUACGCCAUAAAUUGAACAUGUUCUAAUUACACAUCUAUUUUAUUAUCGUCAAAAUAUUUAAAAAUAGGCAAAAUCUGUUAAUUUUAAGACUUGGGUUAGAUUCUGGUGUUGAUUGUGAAUUUAACAUGCAAAAUGUGUGAAGCCAAUUAUGAUUGAUUGAUUUAUCGUAAAAAUUAAGCUUAGCAGCCGAAAACAAAAUGGCGUAUACCAGAAUCUAACCACUAACUAUGAAAUAAUUUAAAUUUAGUGUACAAUAGACUUAAUUUUUGUAUGAAA